AAGGUAGGAAAAUAGAUGGAUAAAAAAGAGUAUCCUGAUCCAUUGGAUCGGACUCGUCCGGACCCGACCCGACCCUUAAUCCCAGCACCAAAUGCAGAUUUUGGAUACUUCCACAGGUUUCACUUCACUCGUAGUCCUAGUACAAUCGGAACAAUCCAUUCCGACUUCAAAGGCGUUCCGUCCAUGGCGAACUGUUUGCGGAUGCCGAUGGCCUCAUCUCUCUGCUGUUCAUCAUCAUCGUCUGUGCCGUCGCGCACACGCCGUUGUUUCGGUGCAACCAACAGCACCAAGAUUCCUAUGCCUCCCGUUAACCCUAAAGACCCCUUUCUGUCCAAGCUCGCUUCUGUUGCUGCCACUUCUCCCGAUACGCUCCUCAACAGGCCCAAAAACUCGGAUACUCCUCCAUUUUUGGACUUAUUUGACUCCCCCAAGCUCAUGGCUACCCCUGCUCAGGUUGAAAGAUCAGUUUCAUACAAUGAGCAUAGACCAAGAAGACCUCCACCAGACUUACCCUCACUAUUGCUGCACGGAAGAAUAGUAUACAUUGGCAUGCCAUUGGUGCCAGCUGUUACUGAGCUUGUUAUAGCUGAGUUGAUGUAUCUUCAGUGGAUGGAUCCCAAAGAGCCAAUUUAUCUUUACAUAAACUCCACUGGAACUACUCGUGAUGAUGGUGAAACGGUUGGGAUGGAGACAGAAGGUUUUGCAAUUUAUGAUGCUUUGAUGCAAUUGAAGAAUGAGAUACAUACAGUUUGUGUUGGAGCUGCGAUAGGGCACGCGUGCCUAUUGCUCGCUGCAGGAACCAAAGGCAAAAGGUUUAUGAUGCCACAUGCCAAAGCAAUGAUUCAACAGCCUCGUGUUCCAUCAUCCGGUUUAAUGCCAGCCAGUGAUGUGCUCAUUCGUGCAAAAGAGGUAAUAGUAAACAGGGAUACUCUCGUUAAACUUAUAGCAAAGCACACUGAAAAUUCAGAAGAGACUGUGGCCACUGUGAUGAAAAGGCCAUUUUAUAUGGACUCCGUUAAAGCUAAAGAAUUUGGUGUCAUUGAUAAGAUACUUUGGCGUGGACAGGAAAAGAUUAUGGCUGAUGCUGCCCCACCAGAGGAAUGGGACAAGGGUGCUGGGAUUAGAGAACUUGAUGCUAUUUAGUUGCCUCCAAAAUUCUCAGGAGAACUUGCAAUCUACAUGAAAAGUAUAUCAUGUCGAGCACUUGUGCAAAUUCUUUGUUCCAAGCACUGGGAUUUGUGUCUUCCGAGUAUACAUGGAGUUCCAUACUAAAGCUAUGUCAAUAUGGAUGAGCACGCGGACAUUAUCCACUAGACAGAGCUUCUUAAUUGAAAGAGAGUAGGGUUAGGGGAAGCAGUUGAAGUUGUUAUAUAAGAAAGCCUCACAGAAUAGCUCUGGCCUGUGUAAUAAUUGAUUUAGAAGUUUUAUUGAAGUAUCUCGAGGUUUUUCGUUUAUAUUUAGCAUAACCUGCCACUUUUGUCGGUAACACUUGGUCUUCUCGAUGUUCUAAUUAAUAUUCACAGUUCGUAUAUCUUGUUAGUUUGUACUAUAGAAGUAGUUGAACCAACUCUGGGUGCAAAUCGAGCACGCUUGAUGAGCUUAUAGAAUGAUAAUUGAUACA